CGCUAUGCGCCCCACUACGUCAUGGCGCUCCACAAUCCCGGAAGUUCCCUCCCGUCGGCGAUGGCGAUGGUUGGAGAGCAGUGGGUGUUGGUGGAGAUGGUUCAGGCAUUGUAUGAGGCUCCUGCCUACCACCUUAUUUUGGAAGGAAUUCUAAUUCUCUGGAUAAUCAGACUUCUUUUCUCCAAAACAUACAAAUUACAGGAACGAUCCGACCUCACAGCCAAGGAAAAGGAAGAAUUAAUUGAAGAGUGGCAGCCAGAACCUCUUGUUCCUCCUGUUUCCAAAGACCAUCCUGCUCUUAACUACAACAUUGUUUCAGGCCCUCCAGGCCACAAAAUUGUGGUAAAUGGAAAAGAAUGCAUAAACUUUGCAUCAUUUAAUUUUCUUGGACUCUUGGAUAAUUCUAGGGUAAAGGAGGCAGCCUUAGCAUCUCUAAAAAAAUAUGGUGUUGGGACUUGUGGACCUAGAGGAUUUUAUGGCACAUUUGAUGUUCAUUUGGAAUUGGAAGAACGUCUAGCAAAGUUUAUGGAGACUGAGGAAGCUAUUAUUUACUCAUAUGGAUUUGCCACAAUUGCCAGUGCUAUUCCAGCUUAUUCAAAAAGGGGGGAUAUUAUAUUUGUAGAUAGAGCUGCCUGCUUUGCUAUUCAGAAGGGAUUACAAGCAUCUCGUAGUGACAUUAAGGUAUUUGAGCAUAAUGACAUAGCUCACCUGGAGUACCUACUGAAAGAACAAGAGAUUGAAGACCAAAAGAAUCCUCGUAAGGCACGUGUAACUCGGAGGUUUAUUGUAGUAGAAGGAUUGUAUAUGAAUACCGGUUCUAUUUGUCCACUUCCAGAAUUGGUCAAGUUGAAAUAUAAGUACAAAGCAAGAAUUUUUUUGGAGGAAAGCCUUUCAUUUGGAGUUCUAGGAGAACAUGGCCGAGGAGUCACUGAACAUUUUGGGAUAAAUAUAGAUGACAUUGAUCUUAUCAGUGCUAACAUGGAGAAUUCCCUAGCUUCUAUUGGAGGAUUUUGCUGUGGCAGAUCUUUUGUAAUUGACCAUCAGCGACUUUCUGGCCAAGGAUAUUGCUUUUCAGCCUCUCUACCUCCCCUAUUAGCUGCAGCUGCUAUUGAGGCUCUCAACAUCAUGGAAGAGAAUCCAGAUAUUUUUCAGGUGUUGAGAAAGAAGUGCAAACAAAUACAUAAAGCCUUACAAGGCACUUAUGGAUUAAGAGUAGUAGGUGAGUCAUUUUCACCAGCAUUCCACCUACAACUAGAAGAGAGCACAGGAUCUCGAGAGAAUGAUAUCAAGUUACUUCAGAGAAUAGUAGAUCAAUGCAUGAACAGAAAUAUUGCCUUAACUCAGGCACACUACUUGGAAAAGGAAGAGAAAAGCCUUCCUCCUCCUAGUAUUAGAAUUGUGGUGACAGUAGAACAAACUGAUAAAGAACUAGAUAAAGCUGCAUCUACAAUCAAAGAAGCUGCACAGUCCAUCCUGAAUUAGACAUCAUCAGUGGACUUAAUGUGUUCCAAGAAGAUGCAUCAUCUAUGUAUCAGUCUAUGGUGUAUGGACAUCUCAAAAGAAUUCAAAGUCUUUGUGGAAUAUCCUUUGGAAAAGAGCUUGCAAUUGUUUACAUGAAUCAUUCCAUAGAGGUACAGACAAAAAGUAUGAAUGUAAGAGGAAUGGUUUCACACACACACACACACACACACACACACACACACACACACCCCACUCCCUCCAAUAAGUACCAAGAGCAAUUCUGUCAGAGAAAAACUAAAUGUAUCUGAGCAGAAUCUGAACUGUAUUGUUUAGCACUAUUUAAGUGAGAUUUUCAUUAUACCAGUAUUUUUAAUAUUCAUUUUCCACUUUUUCAACUUUCCCAAUUAAGUAUUUUUCCUCCUAAAAUUGAAAGUUCUUUAAGUACUCUUUAAUUCCUAAGAUUCCUUAUAAAAAUGAUUUAAUGAAACUUUGAGGAAGAGUUAUACAUAAAUGAAAUUUGUCAAUGAUUAUUGAGUAUAUAUAGUUCAACCCCACUUUUACACAGUUCUCCUUAAUCCUGUCAUGCUAAAUGAUAGAUAAUGUCUUAAGGAAACUAUAUAUAUUUUUUGCUGUUACUAUGAAUUUUUUAUUUUAAUAGACUGUGCUCUGAAAAUUUUUGUUACACACUAAGUAUAUUAACGUUUAAGCAUCUCUAAUAGAGAAAGUGUUCUUACACGGUCCAUGUUGUUUAUGCUUGCUUUAUAAGGUGGGAAGUUUUAAAUCAAUUUAUUUAAUGUAUUUGAUCUUUACAUAUAUUAUGUGUUGACUUCUGAUCUAUUUGGGGUAGGAGGCUAUUGUGAUUAUUCAAAAAUUUAAAUUACAACUUUUAUAUGUUUUAGGAUAUUUUAAAUGUAUAUUUUUUUGUAUCAUGGGUUAGUAUAGGGAGCUAUCAGUUGUAGGUUUUCUUUGUGUUAAGGGAACACAAAAUGGUCUUCCUUACUGCUUUUAUGAUAUCAAAAAUCCACGCAGAUAAUACAAAAGUUCUAAGAUAAAAUUUUAAGCUAUAUUUUAAUUGUUUUCCUUUAACAAUCAAAACUAUUCUGUCAUUAUUUUCAGUAAAUGCAAAUAAUGGAUUAACUUUAUAUUGAUUGUUCCUUCAUCAGUGGUAAUAAAUAAAAUUAUAAAAAUUGUUCAUUUUUGA